UUCUGACGUCAGAAGUGGGUCGCGCAUCUUCUUCCGCCCCUAAUAUAUAAGCAACAAUAUAGUGUUAAUUGUGUUUCAGUCACAGAUGAACUUCGGACAUUAAUACUGUCCAGGUAAAUUGCUUCAGAAUUAGAUCAACGCCAGUGCUAGCAGAAAAAGUGUGUUCCUUGAUAUUGAAUCGCGUUUACGAUAAAGUGUCUAGCUGAAAUAGCGACUGCUAGUUUAAAGUUGCAUGAAGCUAAAGUUGCUAACUGGAACAACGAUGGCUAGAACGCUGCAACUUGACACGUUUGAGUUGGUCAAUUUAGUAGCUAACUAGAUAGUUUUCCCCUUCUCUGCAAGAAGGUCGAAUUGGCUAGCGAGUUGUCGCUUGAUGUUGAACACUUCUGCCCAUGAGCCAAGCCCUAGUUAGCUAGCUAAAUUAGCUUGUGCAUGCUAACUAGUAUUUAGCUAACUCCAGCGCAGUGUGCCGUUGAGCUAUUUCAUGCACACAUUUGGUUGACUAUGUCACAAUGUGCAUUUUGUUUUUCUGGGCAAUGUGAACGGUACCGUCAAUCAAUUUGAGAAAUGCAUCAUAAAUUAAACUAGGUAAUGUGGUGCUAGCGUCACAGCAACUCGUUGUGGUCGAGCGAGGUAUCAAACGUUAGUGCGGUGCGUCUGCUAUAGUUAGUUUAUUCGAGGCUUAGCUAGUGUCUAUACAUUCCAAAAUAGUAAAUUGUUCUGUUAUUGUUCCUUUGGACACGCAUCGAACUGUUGCUUGCUCGCUUCAAAACAUACGCUACACUCUUGAUGAAUCCUGGACAGCAGGUGAAGAGAGAUUCCACUGGAAAAUCAGAGGGCUCUAAAAAGACUGACUUCAUUUGGUCCUCAACAUGGGGGUUGUAAUAUCCCGGUUUAGGACUAAGCCAUCAACUGUAGAGGUUUUGGAAGGAAUUGAUAAGGAUAUCCAGGCUUGUGAGGAAUGUCAAGAACUGUAUCAAAAACAGUUGAAGUUAUGGGUGUGGAGACUGCUUCAGUACUCAUCUCUUCUUUACCUGAUGGCUAGCAUAAUUGUGUAUCUUUGGUACCUCCCCGAACAGAUGAUUGGAAAGGUCAUAUUGGUCCUUCCUUUUGUAGUAUUUCCACUAUUUGUAUGGCUCCUUCGAAAGGGGCUGCUCACUCUUUUUAAAAGAAGAACAGAAAAAAACAAUGAGAAAUUGGAGGACCUCAAAUCACAAAAAAGAAAAAUGCUUCUAGAGGUGAUGGAGACUGAAACAUAUAAAACCGCAAAAAUUAUUCUGGAGAGAUUUGAUCCUGAUUCAAAGACAAAGGUGCCAGAAUCCAUUCCAAGUGGAACACCUAUGACUCCAAAACCUGGCCAAGAACUCCGUCAGCGGUAUGUCACUCCUCGUCCCCCGGUGGCGGUGACUCCUGCUGCAGCACGUCCUCUUCUGGCACCAGGGGCCACCCAUGCAGGACCGCCCCUCCACUCGGCUCCUGGAGGACCCCCAGAGAGAAUCCUGUCUGCUGAGGCUGCUCAGCAGAGCUUGAUGAAGAGGCCCAUGACCCCUGGCACACCUGUUCCAGGAGUGGGAAUGCACCCUCCAGGCCCACCCUUGGCCAGACCUGUUCUCCCCCGGGAUAGAGGCACCAUGGACAGGGUCAUUGAGUACUUUGUUGGCGAUGGCCCUCAGAAUAGAUAUGCCCUCAUAUGCCAGCAGUGUCUCACCCAUAACGGCAUGGCAUUAAAAGAGGAAUUUGAAUAUGUUGCCUUCAGAUGUGCAUAUUGUUAUGUCCUGAAUCCUGCGAGGAAGACCAGACCCCAAGCCCCCCGACUCUCUGAGGUCACUGCUGAGGCAAAGACGCCCUCACACGCACCCAUACCAACAUCACCAACACCUGUAGAACCAGCACCCGUAGAGCCAGCACCUGCCCCUGAAGCUGAUGAGAGCCCCGCUACUGCAGUUACCGAGAAGCAGCCUACUCCCCCAGCUGAAGAGAUCCAGGAGUUGGCGACUCUGGCCACAGAUACUGCCCCAGAAACAGAAGUGCCAGGAACUUCACAAUCUCUGCAACUCACCCCAGUGAAGUCAGACGGGGAGCUGGAUGUAUCAGACAUGGAGGUUGAAUAGAAUGUCAUUUCAACACAUUAAUUUAUGCUAGAGCUAUAUUCUACUUUUUUUCAGGGGGGGGGGGGGGUUCUUUCUGUUUUUAAAGUCAACUUAAUAAUGGUUAGAUUAAUGCUGCGAGGUAGAAUAACAGGCAACGGUUUUGGUAUUAACUUAAAGGUAUUUUCUUGUCAGUUGUCAUGGUACCAAUAUGAAUUUAAUGAUUGGAAUAAAAGUGAACAGCCAACACUUGAGCUUUUACGUCAUGUCCACGGUACUUUCAUGAACUGUACUUUCACUUCUAUACAUUGCGCAACAGCACACUUAGUUCAGCUAGCUAAGCGUCUAGCGUUGAUGCACUUAGUGUGUUCUACAUAAGCGGAUAAGCAAUUUCCCACAUUACUAUUGUAUUUGUGACUUGUCUCUAUCCAUGUUGUCUACAGACAUGCAAGAUGAUGACAAUAACGAGCCAAAAUCUAGCUAAGCAGUUUGUUUCUGCACAUAUGUAGAAUGAGGGUUUCUUUCUUUUUUAAUUUAAGUCAUUUGCAACAAUGUUUUAGUAGUUUGUCUUUUGACUGAAUGUCUUACCAUGUUUUAUAGAAGUGCAAAAAAUGUCCUGUCUGGUGUGAUAUGAAAUAUUUUUAGGGGGCAGAUAUUUAUAGAUACUAUGGUAUACGUUAGUGCCUUUUUAACAGUAUUGACUAGGUUUUGGGUAGUCCUAGUACAAUGGGACUAACCACAUGUUUACACAGUAAUAGUACAGUCAUAGUAGUACUUAUUUAUUGCUUAAGAGGAGAAAUGAAGCUGUAUUUGCUGUCCUCUGCACCUGAGUGCCUUGAUGCGUUUUAUGUUUCCACUUUGAAAUGAAUAAAGACUCGAGUUAUUGUCAGAAUGCA